CUAGAAUCUGAUGACAUCCUAACGUGAGCCACUGACGUCACACAGGUACAUGCACCUGUCCUGUCAGACAGGCCAGUAACACCUGCGGCUCACAGAGGGUCCGGGCUCCUCACUGACCCGGGUCAGAGGGUCCGGGCUCCUCACUGACCCGGGUCAGAGGGUCCGGGCUCCUCACUGACCCGGGUCAGAGGGUCUAUGCCCCGGUUAGCAUGUUAGCAUGGGGUCCACCUACCAGCCUGGCCGGAGCGCUGCAGGGGGGCAGCAGCCGGAACAGGGUCCUGCAGCCCGCUGACAGCCUCAGGUACAGAGGAAGAAGAGUCCCGGAGGAGCAGCAGGCCGGCAGGGGGCGCUGUGGGGCCGCAGUGCAUGCCGGGAGGAGCAGCAGGCCGGCAGGGGGCGCUGUGGGGCCGCAGUGCAUGCCGGGAGGAGCAGCAGGCCGGCAGGGGGCGCUGUGGGGCCGCAGUGCAUGCCGGGAGGAGCAGGAUGGAGUCUGUGUGGAGGAAUGAGGCGGCUGACCGCUGACUGUGUGCCCGCUGAACCCGCGCUGUGAGCGGCCUGAGGACUUCAAGAGGAGCGGAGCUGCGGCUGGUAGUGAGCUAUGAGGAGUCCUGAGUUCUUGCCUCUUGGCGGUCUUGCUGUUGGACUAUGCAGUGGUUCUCCUCUGGGGGGCGCCUCCUGAGCCGAGCUCGCCGCCUCCCUCCCUGCCCCCCCCGCCCCGCCGCUCAGUCCGCUGCCAUGUACACCCCCCGGCUCUACAGCACCGCGGGGGGAGGAGGGGGAGGAGGAGGUGGGGUUAAACAGGGGCGAAGGGCGGGGCUGGCCAUGCUCGAGGCCCCCCACCCCCCUCACCCCCACCUCCCCCACCCCCCUCCCCCCCGCCCCCCCUCCCCCUGCGUACCCCCUGUACCAGGGUCGGCCCGACGCCCACCGAGGAGCACAUUUCCACCACCACUACCACCCCCACCCCCACCCAAACCCCCACCCUCAGCCCGCACAUAUAGCCCCGCCUCCCCUGCCCCCCCACUACCAGCACCACGCCCACUUCCACACAUAUGGAGGCGGGGCUCUGGCUGGAGGCGGGGCGGCUGGCGGCACGAAGAAGAAGACGUGGAACUUCAUCCACGAGAAGAUGAGCUACGACACGUUCUUCACCAUGAAGCGUCUGAUCGAGCGCUCGCGGCGUCCGGACGAGGUCCUACGCUGGGUCACUCAGAACCCCGCCAAGAUCUCACACAACCACUACCCCGUGGCCCUGCAGAAGAUUGGUCAGCUGCUGCAGGCCCCGCCCCCGGCACAGGGUCUGGCAGACAACGGCGAGGUGGCCGUAGGAGGGGCGGAGGGCGGGGACAGACGCCAGAUCCUGGAGCACCCGGACUUUCAGACGCUCUGCGGCGCCAUCGUCAACGACUGCGCCAAGUUCGACAACUUCAGCAUCGUCAACUGUCUGUACGCCGUGGCCGCUCUCGGUCUCCCCAGUGACUCUCAGGUGGUCCAGGUGCUGGAGGCGGAGUCUCAGUCCAGACUGAACCAGUUUAACCAGAAGGACGUGUCCAUGGUGUUCAGCUCCAGCAUGAAGCUCCACCCGGGCAGCCAGCACCCCCUGACGGAGGCCUGCCUCGCCGGUCUGGAGAAGAACCUGGAGAGAGAGCGCCACCCACAGACCCUCUUCCUGCUGCUCUCAUACUACAGACUCAAGUGGCGCUCCCUUCAGACCCCGGACCCGGCCCCCGCUGCAGGGGGCGCUACCACCACACCUCCAAACCCGGACCAGCUGCUCGCCAACAGGAAGAUCCUGCGUCUGGUCAAACACACGUUGGCGAGUGUGAGCGGCGUGCGUGAUCAGGAGAUGGCGCUGUUGGAUGAGAUGUUGGCGGCGUGCGCUCGGGAGGCGAGCAACAAGAGUCUGGAACUGAUCUUCAGUUCUCACCUGUUCUACCAGAACCGGCAGGAGAAGUUCAUCAGCAGCCUGGCAGAGGAGCUGCCUAAGAAGGUGGACAGCAUCACGCCGUACACGAUGGCUCUGAUCGCCAAAUACAUCGCUCGCCAUCGCCUCAGAGAGACCCGCCUCCUCGACACCAUCGCAGACUUCCUGGUGAAGAAGGCCGAGUACCUGGACAGCAAGGUGAUCCAGAAGCUGGUGUUCCCCUUCAGCAGGAUGAGUUACCGUCCGUGUGGCGAGCAGCAGUUCUUCUCCCGCCUGGAGGAAGUGGUGGAGCUGAAGGCGCUCAGCUCGCCGCUCGCCACCGUCAACAUCCUCAUGUCCCUGUUCCAGCUCGGACACUUCCCCGGACUCGUGCUGCACCGCGUCUUCUCCUCCGCCUUCAUCAGCAACGUCACCAACAGCCCUUAUGCCCUGAUCGUCAGGAGGUACCUGUCCCUGCUGGACGCUGCUGUGGAGCUGGAGUACAGGGACUACACCGGACCACGAUUACAGGACAACCACAAGGUGCUGAUGUUUGACCACGCCCUCACUGCUGACGAGGUCAACCGCAAGUACAGUUAUAAAGGUCUGGUGGCCGAGGCUCUGAGGCAGCUGGUCGGAGAACACAACUACAAACAGGAUGAAGUUCUCCCUCCGGGGUACUACACAGACUUCUUGUUGUGGAUCGAUGGGUCUGGUCGAGUCUUGCCCAUCAGGACCGGGGCCAGUUUGUCUCUCGGCAUGGUCCCUCCGUCCUGCGUUGCCAUGGCAUCUAAACCUGCAGAUGUUGCGGUUGCCGUAGUGACGUCAGAGUUCCAGAAGUUCUCUCCAUUCGAGGAGGAGGGGGCAGAGCCACAGGGUCAGGGGGCUGAGGUGAUGGGGGUCGCCAUAGAGCCUAGAUCAUUCCUGCCUCACCACAUCCGCGGCCCCGCGGGGGCACCAGCAGCCUCUGGACCCCCCCGGCCAGGGACCAACGGGGGACCCCUGGACUACGGGCCCUACUACGCCCCCCCUGCAGAGUUCUACUCCGGUUUGAACAAGGAGCACUCUCUGGAGAGCCAAGAUAGCUCCACCCUGAGCAGCCCCCCCUCUGACGGCCUGGCCCAGCCAGGGCCCACGGGAGCCCCAGCCCCGGACUCCCUGUUUCAGUUUUCCAUCGGGAAGAUCCUGGAGGACGAGGGAGGGGCAGGGACUGUGGGGGUUCAGGGGCCGGACUGCGAGCUUCCCGGAUUCUACGAGGGUGCCAAGUACUCUGAGGGGCCCAGAGCUGACAGAGGACCCGCUUCGUCCCCACAGCUCCACCCCCCUGACAGGGCGGAGGCAGAAGAACCCCCCACAGAGCAAAGGGUGAUCAGGAGGGUCAUCAUGUCUGUCAACGACAAGUGGCACUACUGCCACAACUCAGAGGUCCUGGUGGGCUCCAGGGCCAUGAGGGACCGCCACCUGAGGCUGCUGGGAUACAUAAUCGUGCAGCUGCCGUAUCACGAGCUGGAGAAGCUGAACGGAAUCGAGGAGGUGAAGCAGUACCUGCACAAGAAGCUGCUCAACGUCCCACUAUGACGCUCUGUGUGUGUGUGUGUGUGUGCGUGUGUGUGUGUGUGUGUGCGUGCGUGCGUGUUUGCGUGCGUGCACGUGCGUGCGUGUGUGUGUGUGCGUGUGUGUGUAUGUGUGUGUGUAUGUGUGUCAUAGCUGGUCCAGGUCUGUAGUUUGAACCCUGAUCUGUAGCUGAACAUCCAGUCGAACCUCAGAGACACAGAUCACAGCUGCAACCUGUUAAGAUCCUGAAGACCCUCAGACCGACCCUCCAGACCAGAUGAUUAUAAUAAUGUAUGGCGGCAGCAGGCGGAGUCGACGGGCUGCUUUGGGACUGUAAGACAAGUUGAAACAUGAGAACAGCGAGUCCAUCAGGACGUGGUCCACCAGGACGUGGUCCAUCAGGACGCGGUCCACCAGGACGCGGUCCACCAGGGCGCGGUCCACCAGGACGCGGUCCACCAGGGCGCGGUCCACCAGGACGCGGCCCAUCAGGACGUGGUCUACAGAAGACCCCUCAGUGUGUGUGAGACGGAGUGUGUUCAGUGACUCUGGAGGGGACCUGAUGAGGUUAUGAUCCGGGCGACUCCUUCAGAGGAUCUCUGUGUUUAAAUAUUCUGAGUGUCUUUGAACGCACCAUGAGCGAGUCGCUGAUUGGUCGCUGUGUGGAUGAACAAACACUAAAUCCUUUUUGGGGGGCGGGAGGGGGCAGAGUCCCUUUUUAUAAAGUUUGGUAACCAUGGUAACAAAGACAAUGCAUGUGUUUUUUUAAACUGAGCAGAGCCGGGCUGUUUUUGUGGUGAGAGCAGGGGCUGAUGGGUAAUGUAGUUCUCUGUGAGUGCACACAUACAGAGGGUGAGAGCAGUGAGGCUGCCAUGGUAACAGUGUGUGUGUGUGUGUGCCAAAGGUCAGCGGGGUGGUGUGUGGGGUCAAAGGUCAGAUUAUUUAUUUGUGUAUCAGGUGACGGAGUCGACAGAAAGUUUGUUUAUAUUCUAAAAAUCUAUAAAUUCAAAAUGUCUAUAAAACCUGAAACAAACAAA